UCAUGAUUGUAGGGAAACUUCAAAAAACUUUGUCAAAAAACUUAUGAGCUGUCAAUUGUUAUUUUGUUGUGUAAAUAUUAUAGCGUUUUUAGAAGAAUUUUGUUAAAAAAAUCUUGACCAACAGUGUUUUAAAUAACCGUAAUUUAUGUUAAUCACAAAGAUAAUGCCAAGUACAUAACAUUUGUAUUUAACAUGAUAUGAACCCUGAAAUUUACCUAAGUGUUCGAGACUCGAGUGUUUUUGUGAACGUUAUUUGCGUUAUAUUAGAUAAAUAGAAAAUGUCGUCAAAACACAUAAGUAAGUAUCGCGAUGAAUCUCGUAGUCGAUCAGUUGAACGUCGGCAGGAUGUGUCACAUAAGCACAUUUCCAAAUCGAAAUCUCCUAAAAGGAGACAUAAGUCCUCAAGCAGAGAUAGGAAAGAGUCUAAACAUAAAAAGAGUAAGAAGAAAAAGAAGAAACGAUCAAGCAGUAGCAGUUCAUCAAGUAGUAGCGACAGUGAUGAAGAGGAGUUGAAGUUAUUACAGAGAUUAGAAGCAGAAAGACUCAGACUGAAGGAAGAGAAACGGAAACAAAAGGAAAUGCUGAAAGCUAAUGAAACUCCCGAGGAAAAGAGAGCUAGAAGACUCAGAGAAAAACAGGAGAAGGAGCGAAAGAGACGUGAACGUAUGGGCUGGGACAAUGAAUACCAGUGCUACACCAACCAGGAUAACCCAUUCGGAGACUCAGCACUGACUAAUACCUUUGUGUGGACAAAGAAACUCGCUAAGGAGGGCGUCAAGAAUGUGUCGCAUGAUGAGCUUGAAGCGUUGAACAGACAAAAGCAGUUAGAAAAUAAAAUUGAGUUGGAAAAGGUGAAGCAGCGUCGUCUGGAGCGUGAGGCGGAGCGAGCGGCCCGCGAGGCGGAGGCAGCGGCGGCGGCCCGAGCUCGUGAGGCGGCGCAGUUCCACAGCUGGGCGCGCCACGAGGACGCCUUCCAUCUGCACCAGGCGCGCCUGCGCUCGCAGAUACGGAUCAGAGAUGGACGGGCAAAACCAAUUGAUCUGCUCGCCUGGUACGUAAGCUCUGAGCAGUGUGUUGAUGCGUUAGAAAUGCACGAACCAUACACGUACCUAAAUGGGUUGAACGCGCAAGACUUAGAGGAUUUACUUGAAGAUAUCAAGGUGUACAAGGAGCUGGAGCAGAACGCGAACCAGGCGUACUGGGAGGACGUGCAGACCAUCGUGCUGGACGAGCUGGCCAAGCUGCGGCGGCUGGCGGCGCCGGGCGCGCGCCGCGACGGCGUGCACCAGGCCGUGGCCGACGACGUGACGCAGAUCUUCAAGGGCAAGACGGGCGCCCAGCUGGACGCGCUGCGGGAGCACAUCGAGGCCAAGAUGAGCGCGCGCCGCGACGGCGUCGACGUGCCCUACUGGGAGAGCCUGCUGAGCCAGCUCAACGCUCACAUGGCGCGCGCGCGCCUGCGCGACCGGCACCAGCAGAACCUGCGCCGCAAGCUGCAGCUGCUCAAGCGCGAGCAGGGCGUGCAGCCCGACCAGCCCGCCCACUCCGACCAGGCCACCGGAUCCGACCAGCCCGCCCACUCCGACCAGCCCGCCGGACCCGACCAGCCCGCCGGACCCGACCAGCCCGUCCAUCCCGAUCAGCUCGACCACUCCGACCGAGAUGACGCGGAGCGAGGGUACGUGGCUCUUUACGCCAGCGGCGGCUACUCGCCCGCCUACCUGCGCGCCGGCGCGCUGGAGCCCGGCACGCUGCUGCUGGAGGCGGCGGAGGACGCGCAGCGCCUGGCCUUCCUGCGCGCGCGCCUGCACGCCGCCAGCGCCGCCGGCCGCCCGGAGCCCGCGCCGGGCGGCAGCGGCGCGCCGGCGGGCGGCGCGGCGCUGGAGGCGGCGGCGCGCCGCUCCAUGGCGGGCGGCGCCGACGGCGAGGGCGCGCAGUUCAGCGUGGAGCACGCGCUGCCCGACCAGCCCUACCUGUGGGCCGACAAGUACCGCCCGCGCAAGCCCAGAUACUUCAACAGAGUGCAUACGGGUUUCGAGUGGAACAAGUACAACCAGACGCACUACGACAUGGACAACCCCCCGCCCAAGAUCGUGCAGGGCUACAAGUUCAACAUCUUCUACCCCGACCUCAUCGACAAGAGCGCUACGCCCGAGUUCUCUCUUAAGCCAUGCGCCGACAACCCCGAGUUCGCAGUGCUCCGGUUCCACGCCGGGCCGCCCUACGAGGACAUCGCCUUCAAGAUCGUCAACCGCGAGUGGGAGUACUCGUACAAGCGCGGCUUCCGGUGCCACUUCCACAACAACAUAUUCCAGCUGUGGUUCCACUUCAAGAGAUACAGAUACCGUCGAUGAUUAUAUUAUAUAUAUAUAUUUUAUGACAUUGCA